AUGUCUGCAGCCUAUGGAAAUAGAAGGGCGUUCCCUUCCACGUUGAAUACACCCACUACUGUCCGCGUACGGUCAUCGAGUCUGAUACCACAAAGUCAAGCUGAGAGUUUGUUGACCGAGUUUAUCGAUGCAAGCGAGUUCAACAACAACCCAGUGAACCAAGAGCCUCAGAGCCAAAAGUCAGGAAUGGCAAGUAAUAGUGGUAAUGCUGCAGUACUAUCCCAACUUAGGAGAAUACAAAGAAAUUUGAGAGGCUUACCGCCACUCGAACCAGCUCCUCAGCAACAACAACAACACCAACAAUCACUGGAACAAAAACCACAACUGUUUGACGCUAACAACAGUAAUAGUAGCAUGAGUGGAGAGAUUGCUGGUGAGGGUUCAAAAAACAAGAAAAUUGUUUUUGAAGAUUAA